UCGUAUCAGCAGCCAUUCGGCCACGCACGCCUACGCGAUAUAUUUAUUUUUUUUUUCAUAUUCUUCGCGUACAACGUCCCAAGUCCAAACAAACGUCGGCUACAACUGGCUGCUACUCACGAGUCAAAACUAAUCAUAACACAUCUCUAGCAUAAUAUUGCUGUACACUGUCGGCUGUGUCGUUAUGUCGACUAAAAUACAUUAAUUAUUAGUAACACUGCGCGAUGUAGGCAAUCGAGUGGGUACGAAACAAUUGAGUGUACUAAUAAUUACGUGUGCCUAUAAUUGAUCACCCAAUCCUUGCGUGUACCUCGGACCGAGACGUAGUGCACGUCGUGAACGAUUGGCACUCAAUGAUGGACAUCGAUCCAAUUAUAGUGUCCACGAGCUUAGAAGCUCUAAUUGUUUACAUUUGUAUAAACUGCUGUGUAAGAAAAAUAGUAUUUUACCCUAGUGAAGCAAACAAACAAUAUAAAUUAAAAAGGAAGAAAACAGAUGUAAAAAUACUUGAACAAUUUGAAAUGUAUUAUUUAUAUUCUUACCAAGAAGCCUAAUUUAUGUUUGCAUACAAUUUCCAGAAAUAAGUGAAGUAAAAAUAAAAAUAUUAACCCAAUCAGUUUGAUGCAUUUGAAAAAAUAAUCUAAAAAGAGCAACUAAAAAUAGCAACGAAAAAAUUGAUAGUGCUGCAAUGAUUGCUUUUAGUGGAUUUGUACAAAGAGAUCCAGAUUGUGCACCUUUAGCUGCAAAGUGUAUUUUAGCCAAAAUUCAUUCAAUGCAAGAAUGGGAAGCUUUACAAGCCCUUCAUUUAUUAGAUAUAUGUAUGCAGACCGGUAGUGCUAGUUUUCAAGCUGAAGUUGGUAAAUUCCGUUUUCUUAAUGAACUUAUACGUUUAGUAUCUCCCAACUGCAAUGGAAUUCACACACCAGAAUUAAUAAAAAACAAAAUAAUUGAACUUCUUGGAUUAUGGUCAACACAAUUCCCCAAAGAAAUUAAGAUACAAGAUGCCUUAGAUAUGUUAAAAAAACAAGGUGUAGUAAAGGAUUUUUUAUUUGAAAAUAUGCCAUCAAAAGCAGCUUCUGCUUCUAAAAUAGAUUCCAAUAAAAUGUCAAUCUUGAAUGGAGAAAAAUCAGUAUUGCUUCAGAAGUUGCUUAAAAGUAAAAAAUCAGAAGAUCUCAAAGCUGCAAAUGAAUUAAUUAAAUCUAUGGUUGAAGAAGAAGAGCAGAAAGCAGAAAGAAUUAGUAAUAUGUUGGCUGAUAUUGAGAUAACUUCAAAUAAUGUUAAAUUAUUAUCAGAAAUGCUCAAAUCAUAUUGUGGUGGUUCUGGUUCGCCAAAUGAUUUAGAACUAAUUAAAGAGUUGUAUGAUACUAUAAAACAAUUGGAACCAAAAGUUCAAACAAUGUUAUCACUAGAAAUUCCAGAAAAUGAGGAUACUGUUAGAAAAAUAAUUAAACUUAAUUAUGAAGUAAAUGAAACAUUAAAAACAUACAAUGAAGUUCUAGAAAACCUCAAUCAUAAUAAACCAAUUGAUCAAGAAAAUGAAGAAAAUUUGUUAGAUCUUAGUAUAUCAUCUAUUUCACCUGGUAAAAAAGACUUUUUAAGUGAAUCUAAUUGUGAAAAAAAUAAUUUUCCAAAUAAUGGUUCAGCAAAUGUUAAUGAAUUAGAUGAUUUUUUGCAAAUUUCGCAUCCUUUAAAAGGAUUCAUACCUCCACUGCCUGAAGUUGUAAAUUCUCAAAAGCGUGUAGAAAUUAAAGACAAUUUCUUAAAUGUUGACUUAUUUGAAGAAUUAAAUAUUCUUGGAAAAGAUAUUUUGAAUAAACCUAAUGAAACUAAAAAUUUUGAAAAACCAUUUAACUUGAAAGACACAGAAUUCAAUUCAGAUAUUAUAAAAAAAAAUGGUCUAUCAGAUGAACCAUUGUUUGAUACACAAGAUUCAAUAAUAUUCGAACAACCCAAAAAUUAUGGUAUUCAGAUAAAACCUCUCGGUGAUAUUAAUAUUAAACUUGAAGACAUUAUUCCAUGUCCUGAUUUCACUAUUGUGAGCUUAUUUGAUAAGAAUGAUAUUAGUACAGAACUACAUUUAGCAGCAAACAAACCAAGAGAAGACGUUAUAGUUUUUGUUGUUACAACCAGAAGCAAAUGUAAACUACCAUUAUUUAAUUUCUCAUUCCAACCAGUUGUUCCAAAAGACUGUAGGUUACGUAUAUUACCACAAUCAAGAACCAAUCUUCCUAUUUAUAAUGCAUUUUUACCACAAGAAACCAUUGUACAAAUCAUACUAGUUGCAACUCUAAAUAAGGAAAUUAUACCUUUAAAAUAUGUCAUAAGUUAUACAAUGGAUGGUGAAAUGUUUACUGAAUUUGGUGAAAUUGAACAGCUGUGCAUAAACUAAGGUUAUAAAUGUUAUGAUCUCGAAAAAGUUAUUUAAAACAAUUAUUGUUUACAUAUUUUAAUUUAACUUAUAUUAUAAUCAAACGGUUCAUUUUACUAAUAAUAUUAAGUGAAUGUAAUGUUAAACAGUUAUUAGACUAAAUUAUUAUUAUUCAAUACUUCUUCAAAUUAAUAUUAUUAAGGGAAUAUGUAAUGUUUUAUUAAUAAUUUGUAAACUAGUCAUUGAAAUAAGUAUUAAACAGUUGAAUUUGUCAGUAUUUAUAUUAAAAUGAUAAUGAAUAUGCCACUUGCUAUUUAAUACUUAAUAUUACCAUUAAAAUCUAGUCAGUGAUAAUAUUAUAAUAGUAUAAGUAAAAUAAACUAAACAUUAUUUUUUUAAAUUGAUAUUAAACGUUACAAAUUAUUAUUAUAUUUUUGAUUUGUAUUAACUUAACAAAUCUGUGUAUAACAUUUGGACUGAGGCUAUCUUAUCGUAAUUAUUAAAUAUAUAUAAAAUCAACUAUAAU